AUGCAGACACCACCCACGACGCCGACAGCACCGACCUCGCGCGCUGCAGCGCCAACUGCGCAGCCUGCGCAACCUCCAGCGCUGCCUCUCUCAGCCUCGCCACCAACCACCUCGGCGCCAAGACCGCCAGCCACGGCUCCGAGUCCGCCAGCCGCGACGUCGGGUCCGUCAGCCACGACAUCGCCCUCCCAGGCGCUGACUCCGCCGGCCACAACGUCCCCCUCCAUGGCGCUGACUCUGUCGGCCACGGCACCCCUUGCUGCUCGGCGUCGCGAAGCAGACGAAGAGCCUGAUUCUGCCGACGAUUCUGUCUGUGGUGUCGAUCCCACUGCUACCAGUGAGAGUGAGGUGAACGAGGACAGCAGCUACGACGACUUUACGCCUGAUUCGGAGGCGUCGCCCAGCGACGACGAGGAACCGCUCACAGCAGAGAGCGCGAGCAGUGAAGCCGAAGAUGAAGAGGAUAUUAGUAUCUUUUUGAAUGACGCGAGUCCUCGAGCCCGUGUGACUGAGGUGAUUCAUGCGGACGCGUGUGAGAACGAGUGCGUCAAGGGCAAGGCUCGUGAGUUGGUGUUCUUGCUGUGCUCGCUGGACCAGAUGACGAAGCAAGAGCGCACCACGAGCUUGUACACGCUCCUGGCUGUGUUGAUGCAGACCCCCACGGUUGAGCGUAAGAGAGGACGGGGUGACCGUGAGAAGUUUCCGUACAUCCUCCCCUACCUCGUAGAGGCUGUUAGUUCGGCGUCCAAGAGCUCAAUCACGGUGCAUCUGCCUCGCGGAAGCUCAGCGUUCAAGUCCUACAAACCUAUUCUCACCGAAUUGUACAAACGUCUUGACGGCAUCCAGAAGUUCCAGAUUUUCACGAUGGACGCAUCGCAGCCGGGCGUCGAUGUCCGCAAGAAAGGCCCCGAGAGCGAACCUGUAGAGAUUAGUUUGAGCCAUCAAAUUGACGGGAUCUUCACCACGAAGAAGAAGGUGCAGCGUAUGAUGACGGACCAUAUCGAGACGCUGUCCCCUCCUGUCCGCAACACCGAGAAAAUUGCGCAGAUGUACCACAAGAUCAGGCCCUACGUUCCUGCUGAAUUUCAGAGCGAUCCCCUCUACGCCAAGCCUAGCGAACAGGAAGGAGAAGACGCCAAGUCACGGAAACAAGCACGACGUGAGCAUCGCGCGGCAAUGGCCGUGGCAGCUAAGGCUAACCAAGACCAGCGUGGUAUCACGGAGGCUGUUGCGACGAAAAAGAACCCAGCAAAGAAGAGGGCUACUGCAGCAAAGAAGACGCAAAAGAACAAGAAGCACAAAGCUACUGCGGAUCUGCCUGCUGAGCAAGAAUAG